AUGCAAAACCCGCUGAUUAGGACCCAGAUUCCUUCGUUUAAUCACUCGUUCAACAUGGCCGACUCAAAGAAAGAAACGAAGACAAAAACUACUCCAGGUGUAGUGUAUUUGAGUCGAUUGCCUCCAUUUAUGAAGCCAGCUAAAAUAAGGAACAUAUUUUCACAAUACGGGGAAGUUGGAAGGCUAUUUUUGCAACCAGAAGGUAAGCUGUGUACGUGUACUUCUCACUCUCUAUAAACUUCUUUAGACAGCUUUUAUAGAUCUUGAUUGUAACUUAAAGAAGGAAUCCGUUAGGAAAUUGAGUUAUUUUAAUUUUGAGUUGGACAAAAAAUAAUUGUACCUGAAUAAUUUAAAUAAUAUAAUAUUCUUUUUUACAUUUUUGAAGGGCUACAGAUGUAAGUAGUUAUCUGUAUAAAUAACACCAAAGAAAAUUUCUCAUGAGAGCCCGAGAAAAUAAAUGUCAGAUUUCACAAAAUGAUGCCUUACACAUGACAUUUUCAGAAUUUUACCUGUGUUUUGAUAAUUCUUGUUAAAUUUGACUUGUAUUUUCUCAGGCUCCCAGGAGAAAUAGUCUUUGGUGUUAUUACAGAUAACUAAUUAUAUCUAUAGCUGUUUAAAAAUGUAAAAAAGAAUGCGAUGCUUAAACUACUCUGGUACAAGGUUUUUUCCACUGAAAAUUGAAAUUACUCAAUUUCCUGAGGGAUUCCGUAUUAAAUUCUUUUGUAUUCUGCUAUUAGUCCAUGAGCCACUUUGUAGGAAGUCAAGGGGCUAAAAAUGCAAUUUCGUAGCUCCAAAACAGGAAAACUGGGGGGUCUUGUGAGUGGUGGGUAAGAAGAAACCUUCAGGAGAUGUACAUUUUAUGGUGAGAACUACAAUCCUGGUCAAAAAGUCUGACCUCAACUUUGUUCUUGGGGGGAGGGGUAAUGGAAAAAUCUUGUUAAAGCUGUGUCUAUGAGUGAGAAUUGCUGGUUAGCUGCAAAUUCUGUACAAAAACAUGUGAAAAAGGGAAGGUGUCCCAAAGCUAUUUGGCCAGGAUUGUAGCCACAGGAAACAGGUGACAUUUCUAACACCAGUCUUUCUGUGAAAUGAAAUUUGAGGACUUAGUGCAGAAAUUCUAUAUUGAUGAGGUGUCACUACCCUAAAUUUUCAUAACACUUUUGUCUGUUUGAAUUUAUACUUUAAUAAAGGGUGAAACUAAGAUGACCCACAGCUUGUUACUGUAAGUAAUCGAUUAAGCUCCGCUACUCGAAUAAGCGCCACACUCGAAUAAGCGCCGUACUCGAUUUAGUAUCGCACCUUUACCGAAAACAAUUUCAUAAGCGCCGCUCUCAAAUAAAUGCUGCGGCGCUAAUUUGGGUAUUUACAAAUAAAUGCCCCACCUUUGUUACUGCGCUUGAUAGAAGAGAUAUCAAAACCAUAUCUCUUGAGAAACAAGACCACGACCAACUCCCUCCCUAUAUUCCCCUCAGUGUUUUACCCGUAGUUGAAAAAGGCGAAUAAGUGCCACAGCACUUAAUUGAUCAUUUACGGAAUAUUAAGAAUGUGAAAUGAGAAACUUCUUUGAAAUAUUAUAUUACCAGCAGCCCACUCUUGCAGGGAGAGUUAGCACAUAAAUUGGGGGUGGUUCACAUUUCCUAGUAUGGUGUUGGUACAAUAAUUCAAUUGUGUUGUGUUUGCACCCUGGGUGCCCGACACAUAACUGUACUUUGCUCCAUUCUGCCCUGUCAAACGUUAUUUAAAACAUGAUGUAGCAGGGAGUACAAAGCAGUGGAUUACCUUCAAACUAACGGAAAACAAGUGUAUAUAGCAGGGCUUUUGAUAGGUCGUGGAAAAAAAGUCAAAUUUUGGGGGAAUUUUUAGGAACAAAAUCGCGGUAAUUUUCAGGGCAAACUUGGCCGGAAAGCAAUCGGUAAAAAAACGGUGGAUUUUGUGGUUAUUUUCAGGACAAAUUUUACUAGAAAUCGAUCGGUUUUGUGCUGAUCAGACCAGCGUUUUUAAUGUUUUUCUAAUGGAGAUCAUCAUUUGCUCUUUCAACAACAAUAUGUUUCAGAAAUGAACCAAUGGCAAAGCCUUUAACAUCAUGGCUAGUGCCCAGAUUUUUGCAACAUAAUCUACGCCUGGUAGUUUUGGAAAGUUGUUUGCACAUUUCAGUGACGAAGUUUUGACACAAAUUUGCGAGUUUACGGCAAGUAAAUACCCCCAGUAGCUGAGACAAGUUUUAAAAUUGCUGUACAGACAUGUAUUUGAUAAGAUUUCUACCGAAUUUCACGGCAUUUUGCAUGUUUUUGUGAUUUUCGUGGGAUUUCGCGGAUUUACCUGAAUUUCGCAGCUUCGCGACCGCACGAAAUAUUAGAAGCCCUGAUUUAAGGACCUGCAUCCAUUUCAUGCCUGAGUAAAAGGUGUAAAAUUGGUAUUUGGACACCAGCACCAUGCCCUAUGUGUAAUGCUGGUAUGGGUACUUCAAAAAAGAGUAUAUACUCAGACAACUUACCAUGAAAUGCUGCCUUAGACUAUUGCACUUUCUAUAAUUAGAUUGAAAGGUCACAGGUGCUUUAUGGCAGUGUGAAAGGUGCACAGGGCUUUACACUAGGGCUCAUGCCUGCCUUGACAGACAUGAUUCCACCUUCUUUUUAAAUGUGCAAUGUCAAUAUCAAUUUUAUUACCUCCAGCCAUAUCCAUAAUUUUUUAGUGAGAUAAAUAAUUAUUAUAAAAAGGGUCACUUUUGAAGACAGCUGUGGAGACAAACAAGCAAAUUAUGUUCUCACUCAUAUGGGAGGUGGGGAAGAGUCCUUUUAUUCUAUAGUUUUUUUUUUUUGUAAUUUUCAUUCUCAGAUGUUGCUGUGAGGAAAAAAAGAAAAAAACAUGGUGGAAGUGGGCGAAAACUAUUUAUAGAAGGAUGGAUUGAAUUUAAGGACAAGCGGGUUGCAAAAGCUGUGGCCUUGAGCUUAAACAACACGACGAUUGGUAAUGAUAUUAACUGGUUUGCUACAGACUGUAGGAAAUGUCCAGUUACUAGUGUUUCUUCUAGAAAGUUAUUUUUCUCCAAGCUGUCUGGCCACAUAUAAUUAAUAGGAAGUCAAAUUCAUUUUACAAGAGAAGCUGAUUUGUUUCACAAUAGGUACCCCAAGCUCACAAGUGCAUAACAGAAAUAUUAUAAGGGUUUGUAUGGGAAUUUUAGCGAUCAUCAUUUAGGGCAGGGUAUUGGAGGCGUGUGUGGCCGAGUAGUUAAUACUUCAAACUCAGGCACCUUUUCCGUGGUGCUAAAAAGGGUUAUUUUUUUUUGUCUUUACCUCUGUUAAAUGGCCACCUUGUCAAGAUGUAACAUAAAAGUGCAAUAUACAUUCACUAAGUAUUGCAUUCAGUGGUCUUGUACUCCCUUUAUUUCAGCACAGGAAGAGGCAGAAACAUUUUGAGGUCAACUUGUCAUGUUAUGGAUAUUUUGCUUUGUCACUAUCUUCAUUUUUAUUGAUUAACUCUUACGUUCAUCAAACCUGUAUUAAAUAGUUCAUUGGCCAUUUCACAAGGGUGACUGCUUAAUACAUGUUUGACUGUAUAAUUGUAUUAUAAUCUUGUUUCUUCCAGGAGGAAAAAAAGGGGGAUACUACCAUGAUGAUAUCUGGAAUAUAAAAUACCUUCCAAAAUUCCUUUGGGGUCACUUGAGUGAAAAGAUUGGUAAGACCAUGAGAUGGCUAUUUUUCACUUAAAUAAUAAUAUUCUUUCAUUGUUAUUCAAUGGAAAGUAGAUAAUUGGUCUCGAAUUACUGUUGGAAACAAAAUACCGGUGCCAGUGACAAAUGUUUAUGAAGGCUUUGUUUUAGCAUAAUUCCAUAAAAAUGAAGGCAAAAUUCUUAUUUGUAAAACUAUUGGAUCUACUAUUCAAGAAAAGGCUCUCAUUAAAGGCAUUAUCUAUUCGAAACCUCCCCCUCUCCCCACCUAGUGUCAGUAACCCUCAAAUGGUCUUUGUGACCCCUGGCAUAAAAUAAUCUUAACUCCUUAAGUCCCUACAUACAUGUAAUCAAGAAGAACAGUUAUGAUAAUAAAAUGAUUACCUAAGGGAACCUUAGGUGGCCAUCUUUGAUCAUUUGACAAAUUCCUCUCAACUAAUUUUUCAAGGAAAUACAUGCAUAUGGAGAUCAGGUGGAGAAGGUUUAUGUGGAUAUUGGGGCUAAAGGGUUGACUAAAACACGGAGACAAGUAUGGGUGACUACUCGCUGACUGAGGGUACAAAUGUGCUGUAUUCAGGUAAAAAUGUGGAGUUUCACUAUUAAACUUCUCUGAUAUUCUUUCUUAUUUUCGUAAGCAUAUGAAAAAGCCACAAAAGAGCAGAGAAUGAGAACUGAAAUUUCCCAAGCCAAAAGAGAGGCCAAUUUCUAUAUUCAGAAUGUGGAGAAGGGAAAAGCUAUAGAUGCCAUAGAGACAAGAAAGAGGAAGAGGGAUGAUCAGGUUUGGUGCUUGAUUGUUUUAUUUCUGUUCAAAAAAAUAAAGAAUGAGUGAAGGGAAAGUACACACACACAUUAUGUCAUAUGCUGGGUAGUGGCUUAUAUGGCAUGGCAUUGUAGCCCAAGGAGACUGGAAAGGAGAUGAUGAUGAUGAUGUCAUGGUGAUAAAGCUUUAAUAUUGAUCUAUUUUACGUUUAUCAGUUUCACAAGUACUUUGUGUAUGUUUUCUUGAAGAAAUUCUUUAGGCUAGUGAAGUUAAUAUCGACAUAAAUGUUCUCAAAACAUAGCCAGUCUUAACGUCUUAAUGAUGCUGACAGUUUCGAUGACUGUCAGCCGUCUUUAUCAAAACUUGGAAAACAUUAAAAUCGCUUUUAAUGUUUUCCAAGUUUUUAUAAAGAUGGCUGACAGUCAUCAAAGCUGUCAGCAUCAUUAAAACGUUAAAACUGGCUAUGUUUUUUGAGAACAUUUAUAUCGUUGUGUAUGUUUUGGGUGAAAACUGUUGACAGGUUGAACCAGCAUUCAGAUCAACCUAGUUUGAUUCAGAAUUUCUUUGUUUCCUAGCCCCAAUUAUGAGGGAGCUUAACAAAAACAUCACUUAAAAAGUGUGUUUGUUCUCCUUCAAACUUUAUUGCACUUAUUUCAUCUCUUUAAUUUCAUCAAACGUUGACAAUUUUUUAGGGGAUUUGAAUUCUAAGGGACUGUAUCAAAGUUCAAGAUAAGAAUUAGGCAGUUUCACAUUGUAGUUGGACAACGAUGGCAAAGAAAUGUAAAAAAGAGCGUGAUGCACGUGCAGCGUUGUUGUUUUGCCAAUCUAAACCUAUUGCACUUUUGACAUUCUCGUCAGUCCUUGCCACCAUCGUCGUCGCUUCCUAUUCAUAGAGGACAAAGGAAAUACUGGUUUAACCUGGGGCCAGUUUAAUAUAACUUUUACAAGUGUAAUUUAAAAGGAUAACCAUUGUUUUAGAGUCUGAAAACAAUAGCUACACUUGUAAAUUACACUGUCGUGUGAUAGUUUUAUGAAAUUUGUUGACCCCUUAAAUUACAUACCACUGAGCUGCAGGAAACUCACUUGAGAGCCAAGGCCAUUAAACUAGGUUCAUGUGACAAAUAUCCUGUAUUCUGCUGUGUCUGGAAUGUUGAUACAUGUAUGGGGCUUUUGUACGUGAUGAUCGAUUUUUAGCCUGGUGAAUGUGAAUGGUACCUUUUGAGAAGAAGAAUUGUAUCUAUAUAUGUGGAUGAAUGUUUAUUUUUCUUUAUUGUUCUGAAUUCAACAGACACCAGUGGAGAAAAGAUUAAGAACUUUCAAUCAGCAUCAACCCUUAAAAAAUAACAAAACAGAAGAGAGUAAACACGCAGAAACUGAUUCUACUGAAAAUGAAACUGGGAAAUCACUUAGUAAAAAUCUGCUGAAAAAGGUAAAACCUGUCACUCUGUCAACUCUUUGUAAAUAA